AUGGCAUUGGGAGGGAUUUUAUCAAGAGGAUUCAUUGGCGCAUUCAAGAACGUUACCAAUGUACUUAAGCCAGUCAGAACCCCUUUUUCUAAAUUUAUUAAACAUUCAUCGACCAGGAACUAUAGGGAAGGACAUUUGGAAAAAAUUAACGAAUAUUAUGCCAUCGCAAAUAAGGAUAUAUUGGACAGACUAAAUACGGCCGAAUUUAACCAUUUCGUAAGUUUAUUGCUGGGAAGAAAACUGGAUGCAUUAGAUCUUCGCGAGAUGUUUGAUGCCUUGGAUGAAAACCGGGAUGAAUACAUUUCAAUGAGAGAGAUCCAAGAACAUUUAAGUAAAGGUUUAAAGGAUCCAGCUUUAGGAGACUUGAAGUAUGCAUUUUGUAGAUUCGAUAAAGAUUUUGACAACUACAUAUAUUUACACGAGGCUCGAGAGGCUCUCUUUUAUCUUGGAUUUUUCCAAGCAGGGGAUAAAAGAAUUGGAAAUUUCUUUGAAAAAAGAGACACGAACAAGGAUUGGAGACUAAGUUAUGAAGAAUUUGCUGAGAUUGUAAAAAAAGAUAUGCCAUCAUUAUUUUAG